AUGCCAGACGGAGGCUGGCGUCGCAGAUUGGCCGGUCACCCCUCCGCCCCCACCAAUCCGCGAAUGCCACCUGUGACUGACCGACCUCUGCUCCCACAGCUGGUGAGCGUGCUGCUGGUGGGAGUGGCCAGUUGGGGGCGCCUCUUCGCUCUCGUGUCCAGUGUGCAGGUGGUGGGCGGGGUCGUGGGAGUGGGCUGCUUCCUGUUCCUCGUGGCGCUCAUGGGACUGUGUGGAGCGCUCCGACAAAACCAGAUCCUGCUCUUCUUUUACAUGAUCAUCCUGUUCAUGGUGUUUGUGAUGCAGUUUUCUGUGUCCUGCGCCUGCCUCACCCUCAACAAACAACAACAGGACCAUUUGCUGGAGGUGGGGUGGAACAGGUCGGAGGCGACUCAGAGGGACGUGGAGAGAACUCUGAACUGCUGCGGCUUCACUCACAUCAACAACUCCACCUGCACCGCUAGCUGUCUGAAGGAGGCGCUCUCCUGUCAGCCUUGCGCAGACAUCAUCACUGCUUACACCGGGGACAUCCUGAGGUUCGUCGGAGGAAUCGGACUCUUCUUCAGCUUCACAGAGAUCCUGGGCGUGUGGCUGGCGUACAGAUACAGAAACCUGAAAGACCCCAGAAAACCCCCCGGAGCUUUUCUCUAGAACUUCAACUGAACGGAUCAUCUGCUCUGUGCUUUAUUCUGUAUUUCUACUGUUAAUUUAUACACUACUACAGCUGCUGAGUGUGUCUUGUACAAAUCAUGUUUUCUGUGAAUACGUUGUUACUGUUGUAACUGUUAAAUUGUUUGUGAUUAUUGUUCCAUCACUGUGCCAAAUCUCUCAAAUAUAAUGUUUGAUUUCACUUUGAAA